AUGGCCGUUUCUUUAGGAGUUUCUAACAUCGUUCUAAAGACUGUCUGUUUAAUCCUUGUACUCAUAUCCCUGGUCGGCAACACGCUGGUCAUUCUAACUGUUCUUCUAAACAAAGCUAUGCAAACCACGCUCAACUACUUACUGGUCAACCUGGCCGUAGCCGAUAUGAUGUUCGCUUUGAGCACUGGUUUAAAGAAAGGACUUUUUCCAUACCUAACCCACCCAGAAGGAAACGCAGGACGCUGGUCGUGUGCUUGGGUUACACACGGAGACUUAGCUUGGUUUGGUGCUGCUGCCUCCAUUUUGUUUUUGGUUUACAUCGCCGUUGAACGUUACUUCGCCAUUAUCCAUCAACUUCGUCAUCGAGGAAGAUUUACCAGAGGGCGUCUGAAAUUAGUCAUUGGCAUUCCAUGGUUUGUCUCCAUUGUGAUCAACACGGCUGAAUUCUGGGAGAUCCGGUAUUAUUAUUUCGACUCAGGCUUGUGCAAAAGGUAUGGUAACAAAAGCACCACGGAAGAAAAAUUUAUUAAAGCGUACAGCCUCAUUUGGAUGCUUCUCGCAGGAGCGAUUCCUCCAUGUAUCAUGACGGCUUUCCUUCGUCAUCGCAAACAAGUGACCGUGACGCUGCUGAUGGUUGGCGCCAUCUACGCAUUCUGUUGGAUUCCGUCCCAGAUAAGUUUCGUCACAGAGAACUGGGGCCUGCCUGUACCAUGGUUCAAUGUGGCAGGACACGUUUUGGUUGUUCUGAACUCGUGUGUUAAUCCUGUGGUGUACAGUUUCCGCCUGAAGAGCUUUCGGCAACAUCUGCGCAAUAUUAUGCAGUGCAAGAAGAGACGACAAAUCAGGGCACUGCCUGGUCUAACGAUGCCAGGGACUGCAAAUGUUGUGCACAAAACGUCUGCCGCAGAGCAAACCAUAGUAGAACUUGCACAUCUCAACCACACAAGCAUGUAA